GGAAAGUGAGAGAGGGAUAGAGAGAUAGAGCGUGAGUGAGACAGGAGCAGCACUGAAUCUUCUGUCACUCUCUCUCACUCCACUGUGAGAGCUACAGGACUCAUGCUGUCCUCUAGCACACCCACACACACACACUGAGAGGGGGGGAGAGACAGAGAGAGAGAGAGAGAGAAAGACACUGAAACACACUGAAGAAAAUCAGACAGAGGAUUGUCUGAUUUCUCUUGAGGAGCUGCAAAUAACCCUCGGAGAAGGAUGGCAGAUGGAGAGGGGGGUGAUGAGGAGAUACAGUUCUUACGGACGGAAGACCAAGUUGUGCUCCAGUGCAGUGCGACUCUUCUGAAGGAGCAGAUCAAACUAUGCCUUUCCUGUGAAGGUUUCGGGAACCGUCUGUGCUUUCUUGAGACAACGUCAAAUGCCCAGAAUGUGCCGCCUGAUCUGGCAACCUGUGCCUUUAUACUGGAGCAGUCGCUCUCGGUACGAGCCCUGCAGGAGAUGCUGGCAAACACCGUGGAGAUGAUGGGGUCAUCUCAGGGAGGGGGUCACCGAACGCUGCUUUAUGGUCAUGCCAUCCUCCUGAGACACUACCACUCUGGCAUGUAUCUGAGCUGCUUGACAUCAUCCCGGUCACUUACAGACAAACUGGCUUUUGAUGUGGGCCUGCAGGAGGAUUCAACAGGGGAAGCAUGCUGGUGGACCAUCCAUCCUGCUUCCAAGCAGAGGUCAGAAGGUGAAAAGGUCAGAGUAGGAGAUGACCUGAUCCUGGUUAGCGUAUCAUCAGAGAGAUACCUGCAUCUAUCCUAUGCCAGUGGUGACCUGAUGGUAGAUGCCUCCUUCAUGCAGACUUUAUGGAACAUGAAUCCGGUCUGCUCUGGUUGUGAGCUGGCAGAGGGGUACGUAACUGGAGGUCAAGUCUUAAGACUGUUCCAUGGUCACAUGGAUGAGUGUCUGGCCAUCUCAACACCUGAUCAGGGAGAGGAACAGAGAAAGAUUGCACAGUAUGAAGGAGGGGCGGUAUGUAAUCAGGCCCGUUCAUUGUGGAGACUUGAGCCUCUGAGAAUCGGUUGGAGUGGUAGCCAUAUGAAGUGGGGCCAGGCCUUCCGCGUACGUCACAUCACGACGGGUCGAUACCUGUGUCUGGACGAGGAAAAGGGACUGAUGGUUCUAGACCCAGAGAAAGCCAACACAAAGCUGUCUGCUUUCUGUUUCCGUGCAUCAAAGGAGAAGGUGGAGGGGGCUCAGAAGAAGCGAGAUGUGGAAGGAAUGGGUGUUCCUGAGAUCAAGUAUGGCGAGUCCAUGUGCUUUGUUCAGCAUCUCUCUACAGGGCUUUGGCUCACAUACGCUGCUCUAGAUGCCAAAGCAGCUCGUCUGGGAACCAUGAAGAGAAGGGCCAUAUUACAUCAAGAGGGUCAUAUGGAUGAUGCGCUAACAAUGUCUCGCUCCCAGACAGAAGAAUCUCAGGCUUCUCGUAUGAUCUUCAGCACCACUGGCCUUUUUACACAGUUCAUAAAAGGCCUCGACUCUCUGAGUGGGAAGAACAAAUCCCCCGGUCCAGUGUUCCUGCCGCUGGAUGGAGUGAUUCUGUCCUUGCAGGAUCUGAUCCACUAUUUCCGACCUCCAGAGGAGGAGCUAGAACACGAGGAGAAGCAGACCAAGCUGCGCUCUCUACGCAACCGACAGAACCUCUUCCAAGAAGAGGGGAUGAUCACAAUUGUGCUUGAGUGUGUGGAUCGGCUGAAUGUCUACAACACUGCUGCACACUUCUCUGAGUUUGCCGGGGAGGAAGCGGCCGAGUCUUGGAAAGAGAUUGUCAACCUGCUCUAUGAACUGCUUGCGUCUCUGAUCAGAGGAAAUCGUGCUAACUGUGCUCUGUUCUGCGAUAAUCUGGACUGGCUGGUCAGUAAACUGGAUCGUCUAGAAGCUUCUUCAGGCAUUCUGGAGGUGCUGUACUGUGUUUUGAUUGAAAGUCCUGAAGUCUUGAACAUCAUCCAGGAGAACCACAUCAAGUCUAUAAUUUCUCUCUUGGACAAACACGGUCGAAACCAUAAGGUUUUAGAUGUGCUUCGCUCUCUCUGUGUGUGUAAUGGUGUGGCUGUGAGGUCCAAUCAAAACCUCAUUACAGAAAAUUUGCUUCCGGGUCGUGACCUUCUGCUGCAGACUAACAUUGUUAACUUUGUAUCAAGUGUGAGACCCAAUAUCUUCUUGGGCACAUGUGAAGGUUCUACACAGUACAAAAAGUGGUACUUUGAGGUGAUGGUUGACUAUGUGGAGGCGUAUGUGACAGCCCAGGCUACACAUCUUCGUGUGGGCUGGGCAAUGACUGAGGGCUACAGUCCUUACCCAGGAGGAGGAGAAGGUUGGGGUGGCAAUGGUGUGGGUGAUGAUCUCUACUCUUACGGCUUUGAUGGCCUCCACUUGUGGUCAGGUCAUGUGUCACGUCAGGUGGCUUCACCAAACCAGCACAGCCUGGCAGCAGAUGAUGUUGUGAGCUGCUGUCUGGAUCUGAGCGUGCCCAGUAUCUCCUUCCGCAUAAAUGGUCAUCCAGUCCAGGGGAUGUUUGAGAACUUCAAUGUUGAUGGACUUUUCUUUCCUGUCAUUAGCUUCUCUGCUGGAGUAAAAGCACGUUUCCUUUUGGGUGGUCGUCAUGGUGAUUUUAAGUUCCUACCCCCUCCCGGCUACACACCAUGUUAUGAAGCUCUUCUCCCCAAAGACAGAAUGCGCAUUGAGCCUAUUAAGGAGUAUAAACACGACUUUGAUGGUGUCAGAAACCUGCUGGGUCCCACACAGUCCCUCACGCACACCUCAUUUACUCCCUGCCCUGUGGACACUGCCCAGAUUGUGCUACCUCCCCAUUUGGAGCGCAUCAGAGAGAAGCUUGCAGAAAACAUCCAUGAGCUUUGGGCCGUGACCCGUAUUGAGCAGGGUUGGACUUAUGGAGUGUUUAGGGAUGAUAAUAAGAAACUGCACCCAUGCCUAGUGGACUUCCAGAGUCUUCCAGAUGCAGAGAGGAACUAUAACCUUCAGAUGUCUGGAGAGACUUUAAAAACACUCUUAGCUCUUGGGUGCCAUGUAGGAAUGGGAGAUGAGAAAGCAGAAGAGAAUCUGAGGAAGAUCAAACUACCCAAAACAUAUGUGAUGAGCAGCGGGUUCAAACCUGCUCCUCUGGAUCUCAGUCAUGUCAAACUGACGCCCAAUCAAAACCAGCUGGUGGAGAAGCUGGCAGAAAAUGGGCACAAUGUGUGGGCACGAGACAGAGUGAGACAGGGUUGGACCUACAGUAUUGUGCAGGACAUCAUGAAUAAGCGUAACCCUCGUCUGGUGCCAUACAACCUGCUGGAUGAGAGAACCAAAAAGACCAACAGAGACAGUGUGAACAAUGCAGUGCGGACUCUGAUUGGUUAUGGAUACAACAUCGAGCCCCCAGACCAGGAGAGCAGUGGGCUUGGUGUUGAGAAUGCACGUGGAGAUAAAGUGCGUAUCUUCAGGGCAGAGAAGCAGUAUGCUGUUACCUCAGGAAAAUGGUACUUUGAGUUUGAGGCUGUAACAAUAGGCGAGAUGAGAGUUGGCUGGGCUCGACCAAACGUCCACUCUGAUGUUGAGCUUGGUUCCGAUGAGCUGGCCUAUGUCUUUAAUGGAAACAGGGCUCAACGAUGGCACAUUGGUAAUGAGCCAUUUGGGCGUCAGUGGCUGUCUGGUGAUGUGGUGGGCUGCAUGAUAGACCUCACUGAUAUGAACAUAAUGUUUACUCUUAACGGAGAGAUGCUGAUUAGCGAUUCUGGCUCUGAAAUGGCUUUCAAAGAUAUUGAGAUUGGUGACGGUUUUAUUCCAGUCUGCACAUUGGGUCUGUCUCAGGUGGGCCGUAUUAACCUGGGCCAGAAUGUUAGCAGUCUGCGCUACUUUGCCAUCUGUGGGCUUCAAGAAGGCUUUGAGCCAUUCGCCAUCAACAUGAAGAGAGACAUCGCGAUGUGGUUCAGUAAGAGCCUGCCCCAGUUUGUUCCAGUGCCUACCGACCACAACCACAUUGAGGUGUCUCGUGUGGAUGGAACUGUGGACAGUGCCCCCUGUCUGAAAAUAGCACACAAGACAUUUGGAUCUCAAAACGCUAACACAGACAUGCUAUUCUUCAGACUGAGCAUGCCUGUGGAGUUCGACCUGACCUUCAAGGUGCCCGCAGGCACCACUCCUCUUACACGUUCCCUCACCAUCCCUGAGGAAGAAGUGUUGGAGGUGGACCCUGACUCUGAGUUUGAGGUGCUGAAGAAAUCAGCUAGUCGGAAAGAGCAGGAGGAGAAGGAAAAGGAGCCAUCAGUGCCCAAAGAUGUGCAGAGCAUAAAGGAGAAUGACAAAGACACUGUAUCCGAGAAAGGAAAGAAGAAAGGUUUCCUGUUUAAGGCUAAAAAGGCAGCCAUGAUCUCCCCUCCCCCUCCUCCUCUUAUGCCCCGUUUGUUUGAAGAUGUUGUGCCAGAUGAUCGUGAUGACCCAGAGAUCAUCCUCAAUACGACUACAUACUAUUACUCUGUGCGUAUCUUUGCUGGGCAAGAACCUGGCGGCGUGUGGGUGGGCUGGGUCACCCCGGACUUCCACAUGUAUGACCCCAACUUUGACCUGACUAAGGUCCGUACUGUCACUUUAACAGUUGGAGACGACAAGGGCAACAUACACGACAGUAUAAGGAGGAGUAACUGUUACAUGGUGUGGGGAGGAGAGUUUAGCAACUCUCAACAGAAGUUCAGCCAGGAGGAUCAAGUGAUUGGUUGCUUGAUUGACCUAGCAACAGGUCUCAUGACUUUCACAGCCAAUGGGAAGGAGGUCAACACUUUCUAUCAGGUGGAGCCCAACUCAAAACUCUUCCCAGCUGUGUUUGUACUGCCGGCAAGCCAGAACAUGUUGCAACUGGAGCUGGGAAAACUCAAGAAUAUCAUGCCUCUUUCAGCUGCCAUGUUCCAUAGUGAACGUAAGAACCCGGUGCCUCAGUGUCCACCUCGGCUGGAUGUGGAGAUGCUGACCCCAGUGAUCUGGAGCAGGAUGCCCAACCAUUUCCUGAAACCAGAAGUUGGGCGGGUCAGUGAGAGGCAUGGCUGGAUGGUGGAAUGUACUGAGCCUCUCACCAUGAUGGCUCUGCAUAUACCUGAAGAGAACAGGUGUAUUGAUAUCCUAGAACUGUCGGAGCGGCAUGACCUGCUGAAAUUUCAUUAUCAUACUCUGAUGCUUUACUGUGCCGUGUGUGCAUUGGGCAACAAUCGUGUGGCCCAUGCUCUUUGCAGUCAUGUGGACGAAUCACAGCUCUUCUACGCUAUUGAGAACACCUACCUGCCUGGCCCACUCCGCAGUGGCUACUACGACCUUCUCAUCAGUAUCCACCUAGAGUCAGCCAAACGGAAUCGCUUGGGAACCAACCGGGAGUUCAUCAUACCCAUGUCGGCAGAGACCCUCAGUAUUAAACUUUUCCCAGAUGCAGAGGCAGCUCAUGACCUGCCUGGUGUAGGCCUCACUACCUGCCUCAGACCCAAGCUACACUUCUCCAACAUCAACUUUGUGGGCACUGACCCAGACCUGUACACCCUUAGCCCCAUUAUCCCACUGCAGGAGCUUAAGACAAAAGCUCUGAGCAUGCUGACUGAAGCUGUGUUGGACGGCAGUCAGGCUAUGCGCGACCCUGUAGGGGGCAGCGUUGAGUUCCACUUCGUUCCCAUCCUCAAACUAAUCAGCACCCUCCUCAUUAUGGGCAUUUUCAACGAUGAUGACGUCAAGCAUAUCCUCAAGAUGAUUGACCCUAGUGUGUUCGGAAAGAAAGAGGAGGAGGCAGGUGAGAACGCUGCUCUCAAGGAAGAGGGAGAGGAGGUGAAAGAGAAAGAAGAGAUGGCAGAAGGAGAAGAAGCAGUGGAUGAAGGACUAGGGGAAGAGGAGGAGGAGCUAAAAGCCCUAAAGAAGGAGGGAGAGGAAGGAGAAGGGGUUGAGAAGGCAGUGGAGGAGGAGGAGGAGGAAGGAGAGAAGGUGGCUGGAGAAAAAGCAGAGGAAGAGAAGGAGGCAGAAGAAGUAGGAGAGGAAGCCAAAGAGGAGGAAGAGGAAGCACCAGAGGAGGGGCUGCUCCAAAUGAAGCUUCCAGAGUCUGUAAAACUGCAGAUGUGUACGCUACUACAGUAUUUCUGUGACUGUGAGCUCAGACACAGAGUUGAGGCUAUUUUGGCAUUCUCCAAUAACUUCGUACAGCAGAUCCAAUUAAACCAGCGUGAAAGAUAUGGCACGCUAAUGAAAGCAUUUACAAUGUCCGCCGCAGAAACUGCUCGCAGGACCCGAGAGUUCCGCUCCCCUCCUCAGGAACAGGUUUACCUGUUGACAAACUUCAAGCACUGCCCAGAGGACGAGGACUGCCCAGUGCCUGAGGAAGUGCGUGAAACCCUCCAGGUUUUCCAUACUGACCUCCUGAAUCACUGCGGUGUCCAUGUUGAAGAAGAAGAGGAGGAGAAAGAAGUGGACACAUCUCUCAGAGGAAGACUGCUCGGUCUGGUGGAGAAGGUCAAGAACAUCAGGAAGAAAAAUGAGGAAGAGGAGCCAGAACCAGAGGAACAACCCAAACCUAGCACGUUACAGGAGUUGAUAUCACACACUAUGAUUCACUGGGCUCAGGAAUCCUUCAUUCAGAACCCUGAGCUUGUGCGACUGAUGUUCAGUCUUCUCCACCGCCAAUAUGAUGCUCUGGGAGAGUUGAUCCGCGCACUGCCUAAGGCCUAUGCCAUUAACGCUGUGUCUAUACAGGACACCAUGGAUAUGCUAGAGUGCCUGGGGCAGAUCCGCUCCCUGCUCAUCGUCCAGAUGGGCCCAGAAGAGGAGAGGCUAAUGAUCCAGAGCAUUGGGAACAUUAUGAACAACAAAGUGUUUUACCAGCACCCCAAUCUGAUGCGAGCCCUGGGCAUGCAUGAGACAGUCAUGGAGGUCAUGGUAAACGUGCUAGGAGGUGGUGGAGACUCUAAGGAAAUUCGAUUCCCGCAAAUGGUGACCAAUUGCUGUCGCUUCCUGUGCUACUUCUGUAGGAUCAGCCGUCAGAACCAGAGAUCCAUGUUUGACCAUCUCUCAUACCUCCUGCAGAACAGUGGUAUUGGACUAGGGAUGCGUGGAUCCACACCUCUUGAUGUUGCUGCUGCAUCCUGCAUUGACAACAAUGAGCUGGCCCUGGCUCUACAAGAACAAGACCUCGAGAUGGUAGUGACGUACCUGGCUGGCUGCGGCCUGCGAAUGUGUCCCAUGCUUCUUUCUAAAGGCUACCCUGACAUAGGAUGGAAUCCAUGUGGAGGAGAGAGAUACUUGGACUUCCUGCGCUUUGCUGUGUUUGUUAAUGGUGAGAGCGUAGAGGAGAACGCCAAUGUGGUUGUUCGUCUGUUGAUUCGUCGGCCUGAGUGCUUCGGUCCCGCCUUGAGGGGAGAGGGUGGUGCAGGUCUGUUAGCUGCCAUUGAGGAGGCUAUUAAGAUCUCUGAAGACCCUGCCAGAGAUGGGCCGACUCCUAAAAAGGACAGACGUUUCAUGUUUGGAGGGGAGGAGCAACAUGAGGAGAACAGAAUGCAUCUUGGGAAUGCUGUCAUGUCAUUUUACUCAGCCCUUAUUGACUUGUUGGGUCGCUGUGCCCCUGAGAUGCAUUUGAUCCAAGCAGGCAAAGGUGAAGCUUUGAGAAUCAGAGCCAUUUUGAGGUCUCUGGUGCCCAUUGAAGAUCUAGUGGGAGUCAUCAGCUUACCUGUUCAGAUCCCCACCUUUGGCAAAGAUGGUCAGAUCAUUGAGCCGAAAAUGUCAGCGAGUUUUGUGCCAGACCACAAAGCCUCCAUGGUGCUUUUCCUGGACAGAGUGUACGGAAUUGAUAACCAGGACUUCCUGUUGCAUGUGCUGGAGGUCGGCUUCCUGCCCGAUAUGAGAGCUGCAGCCUCUCUGGAUACGGUAGCAUUCAGCACCACAGAGAUGGCACUGGCUCUGAACCGUUACCUGUGCUCAGCUGUGCUACCUCUGCUCACUAAGUGUGCCCCACUGUAUGCUGGCACAGACCACCGUGCCAUUAUGAUCGACUCUAUGUUGCACACUAUCUAUAGGCUGUCCCGUGGCCGUGCUCUUACCAAAGCUCAAAGAGAUGUCAUCGAAGACUGCCUCAUGUCUCUUGUCAAGUAUUUGCGACCAUCUAUGUUGCAGCAUCUGUUGAGGAGGCUGGUGUUUGAUGUGCCAAUCCUAAACGAGUAUGCCAAGAUGCCCCUCAAGUUGCUGACCAAUCACUAUGAGCGUUGCUGGAAGUAUUAUUGUCUGCCUAAUGGAUGGGCAAACUUUGGAGUCACAUCAGAAGAGGAGCUGCAUCUCUCUCGGAAACUCUUCUGGGGCAUCUUUGAGUCCCUGGCACACAAGAAAUUCGAUGCCGAGCUGUUUAAGAUCGCCAUGCCCUGUAUAUGUGCCAUUGCUGGUGCCAUUCCUCCAGACUAUGUAGAUGCUAGCUAUUCAUCCAUGACUGAGAAGAAAGCAUCUGUAGAUGCUGAGGGCAACUUUGAUCCCAAACCAGUGGAGACAACCAACACCAUCAUCCCUGAGAGGCUGGAUGCCUUCAUUAACAAAUAUGCUGAGCACACGCAUGAUAAGUGGGCAUUUGAGAAGAUCCAAAACAACUGGACAUAUGGAGAGGUUCUAGAUGAGAAUGCCAAAACCCAUCACAUGCUGCGGCCAUACAAGACUUUCUCAGAGAAGGAUAAGGAGAUCUAUCGCUGGCCCAUUAAAGAGUCCAUCAAGGCCAUGCUGGCUUGGGAAUGGACUCUGGAGAAAGCCAGAGAUGGAGAGACUGAGAAAACCGAGGUGAAGGCCACCAGGAAGAUCUCCCAGACUGCUCAGGCCACCUAUGACCCCAGCCAGGGAUACUCUCCCCAGCCAGUAGAUAUUGUAAACAUGGCCUUGUCCAGAGAGCUACAGUCUAUGGCAGAGCAGCUCGCUGAGAAUUACCACAACACAUGGGGCCGCAAAAAGAAGAUGGAACUGCAAGCCAAGGGUGGUGGUACCCACCCUUUGCUGGUACCAUAUGACACGUUGACAGCCAAGGAGAAGACAAGGGACAGAGAGAAAGCCCAAGACCUGCUCAAAUUCCUCCAGUUCAAUGGAUUUGCUGUCACCAGAGGUUUGAAGGACAUGGAGCAGGAAAUUUCCUCCAUUGAGAAGCGCUUUGCUUAUGGGUUCCUACAGAAGCUGUUGAAGUGGAUGGAGAUUGCGCAAGAGUUUAUUGCUCAUCUUGAGGCCGUUGUGAGCAGUGGAAGAGUUGAGAAAUCCCCUCACGAACAGGAGAUUAAAUUCUUUGCCAAGAUUCUGCUUCCAUUGAUAAACCAAUACUUUAAGAAUCACUGCCUUUAUUUCCUGUCCACACCUGCUAAAGUUCUAGGCAGUGGUGGCCAUGCAUCCAACAAGGAGAAAGAGAUGAUUGCUAGUAUCUUCUGUAAGUUGGCCGGUCUGGUGAGACACAGGGUUUCCCUCUUUGGCACUGAUGCCUCAGCAGUGGUCAACUGUCUUCAUAUCUUUUCCCGUUCACUGGAUGCCAGGACUGUGAUGAAAUCUGGGCCUGAGAUUGUGAAGGCUGGUCUGCGCUCUUUCUUUGAGAGUGCUGCCGAUGAUAUUGAGAAGAUGGUUGAGAACCUCAAACUGGGGAAGGUGUCCACCAAAAACCAGGUGAAAGGUGUAUCUCAGAAUAUAAACUACACCACCAAUGCUCUGUUGCCAGUGCUCACCUCUCUGUUUGACCACAUCGCACAACAUCAGUUUGGAGAUGAUGUCAUCUUGGAUGAUCUGCAGAUAUCCUGUUACCGUAUCAUGUGCAGCAUCUACUCCUUGGGCACUGUAAAGACCCCUCAUGCUGAGAACCAAAGACCUGCUCUAGGAGAGUGUCUGGCUCAUCUGGCCGCUGCCAUGCCUGUUGCUUUCCUGGAGCCCAACCUCAAUGAAUUCAACGCAUACUCUGUGUACACUACCAAAACCCCACGAGAGAGAACAAUCCUGGGUCUGCCCAGUCAAGUGCAGGAGCUUUGUCUAGACAUCCCUGAGCUGGACGUGUUGAUGAAGGAAAUCGGACAUCUGGCAGAAUCUGGGGCCCGUUACACAGAGAUGCCACAUGUAAUUGAGAUCACCCUGCCCAUGCUGUGUAACUAUCUGCCCCGCUGGUGGGAGAGGGGUUCAGAGAACUUCCCUGAGCAGGAGGAUUGUCUUUGCACUGAUGUCACCUCUGAACAACUAAACCAACUGCUGGGCAGCAUUAUGAAGAUUGUCGUCAAUAACCUGGGCAUUGAUGAAGCUUCCUGGAUGAAGAGACUGGCAGUAUUUGCUCAGCCCAUUGUGAGCAGAGCAAAGCCAGAGAUGCUCAAGUCCCACUUCAUCCCCACCAUGGAGAAGCUGAAGAAGCGCAGCGGAAAGGUGGUGGCUGAAGAGGAGCAGCUGCGUAUGGAGGGGAAGACGGAGGUGGACAGUGAGGAGGGAACCAUUCGCGAUGAAUUUGCUGUGCUCUGCAGGGAUCUGUAUGCUCUUUACCCGCUGCUCAUCAGAUAUGUGGACAACAACAGGGCGAGAUGGUUGACCUGUCCUGACCCUGAUGCUGAGGAUCUCUUCAGGAUGGUUGGAGAGGUCUUCAUUUUCUGGUCCAAAUCUCACAACUUCAAGCGUGAGGAGCAGAACUUUGUGGUGAUGAAUGAGAUUAACAAUAUGUCCUUCCUCACUGCUGACAGCAAAAGCAAGAUGAGCAAGACAGGGGAUGGAGAGGGUGGAGGCUCAGAUGUUGAGAGGACCAAGAAGAAGCGACGUGGGGACCGUUACUCUGUGCAGACCUCUUUGAUUGUAGCGGCCCUGAAGAAACUGCUCCCCAUUGGUCUCAACAUGUGCUCUCCUGCAGACCAAGAGCUCAUAAACAUGGCCAAGAUCCGCUACUCACUGAAAGACACAGAUGAGGAAGUGAGGGAGUUUCUACAGAAUAACCUUCAUUUACAGGGCAAGGUGGAGGACCCUUCCAUGCGCUGGCAGAUGGCUCUGUAUAAGGAGACCUCUGGUAAAGCUGAAGAUGCCGAUGCACCAGAGAAGGUUGUGAAGAGAGUCCAGGAAGUUUCUGCUGUUCUCUACCACCUUGAGCUGACUGAGCACCCUUACAAGUCUAAGAAGAUGGUUUGGCACAAGCUUCUGUCCAAGCAGCGCCGUAGGGCGGUGGUGGCCUGCUUCAGAAUGACACCACUGUACAACAUCCCAAGGCACCGGGCAUGUAACAUGUUCCUUAAUGGAUACAAGCGCAACUGGAUUGAAAAUGAGGGCUACUCGUUUGAAGACAAAAUGAUAGAUGACUUAUCUAAAGUGAUGGAGCAGGAAGAGGAAGAAGAGGAAGAAACUGAAGCAAAACCAGACCCCCUUCAUCAGCUCAUCCUUCAUUUCAGCCGCACCGCUCUCACUGAGAAAAGUAAACUUGAAGUGGAUCAUCUAUACAUGUCAUAUGCUGAUAUUAUGGCAGAAAGCUGCCACAUUGGUGAGGAGGACGAAGGGGGAGAGGAGGGGGGCGAAGAACCAUCCUUUGAGGUGCGACAGACAGAGAUGGAGAAGGAAGUGGAAAAACAGAGGCUUCUGUACCAACAGUCUCGCCUACAUGAUCGCGGAGCAGCUGAGAUGGUGCUACAGAUGAUCAGUGCUUGCAAAGGUGAAACAGGAGUAAUGGUGUCCUCUACUCUCAAACUUGGCAUCUCCAUCCUCAAUGGUGGCAACUGUGAUGUUCAACAGAGAAUGUUAGACUACUUGAAGGACAAGAAAGAUGUCGGCUUCUUCCUCAGCUUACAGGCUCUUAUGCAAACCUGCAGUGUUCUGGACCUGAAUGCGUUUGAGAGACAGAAUAAGGCUGACGGGCUUGGGAUGGUGUCAGAGGAGGGCUCGAACAUGAAGCUAGAACGUGAGGAGAAAGUGAUGGCGGAUGAUGAAUUCACUUGUGACCUCUUCCGCUUCCUGCAGCUACUCUGUGAGGGCCACAACAACGAUUUCCAGAACUAUCUGCGCACACAGACAGGCAGCACAACCACAAUCAACAUCAUCAUCUGCACUGUUGACUAUCUGCUCAGACUGCAGGAGUCUAUCAGUGACUUCUACUGGUAUUACUCGGGGAAGGAUAUUAUUGAUGAUCCAGGCAAGAGGAACUUCUCUAAGGCAAUGACAGUUGCUAAACAGGUCUUCAACAGCCUGACAGAGUAUAUUCAGGGUCCUUGCACUGGUAAUCAACAGUCUCUGGCUCACAGCAGAUUGUGGGAUGCCGUGGUGGGCUUCUUACACGUGUUUGCACACAUGAUGAUGAAACUAGCACAGGACUCGAGUCAAAUUGGUCUGUUGAAGGAGCUCCUGGAUCUACAGAAGGACAUGGUGGUCAUGCUCCUCUCUCUACUGGAGGGCAAUAUUGUAAAUGGCACAAUCGCUCGCCAGAUGGUUGACAUGCUGGUUGAGUCAUCCAGCAACGUGGAGAUGAUUCUCAAGUUCUUCGAUAUGUUCCUCAAAUUGAAGGAUAUUGUGGCAUCAGAUGCCUUCCGUGACUAUGUGACAGACCCUCGUGGCUUCAUCUCCAAGAAGGACUUCUCCAAGGCUAUGGAUAGUCAGAAGCAGUACACAACAUCUGAGAUCCAGUUCCUGUUGUCCUGCUCUGAAGCAGACGAGAAUGAGAUGAUAAAUUUUGAGGAGUUUGCUGACCGCUUCCAAGAGCCAGCCAAAGACAUCGGCUUCAACAUCGCUGUGCUGCUUACCAACCUCUCUGAGCAUGUCCCUCAUGAUACUCGUCUGCAGAACUUUUUGGAGCAAGCUGACAACGUGCUGAACUAUUUCCGCCCCUUCCUUGGCCGUAUCGAAAUCAUGGGUGCCAGCAAGAGGAUUGAGCGCAUCUACUUUGAGAUCAGCGAGGCCAAUCGCAAUCAGUGGGAGAUGCCUCAGGUCAGAGAGUCAAAGCGGCAGUUCAUUUUUGAUGUUGUCAACGAAGGUGGGGAAUCUGAGAAGAUGGAGCUCUUUGUGAACUUCUGCGAGGACACUAUUUUUGAGAUGAACAUUGCCUCACAGAUCUCAGAGCAGGAAGAGGAAGCUGUGGAAGACAAGGAUGAGGAAGAUGAGGAGAGCGGUGGUGGAGGAAAUGGAGAAGGAGAGGAAGGCAGUGGAGAAGAAGCACCACCUGAAUCCAGUUCAGCAUUUGCUGACUUCAUCAAGAGUGUCAUGAUCUUCCUAAACCUGUUCACUUUCCGUAAUCUCAGGCGCCGUUACCGUAAAAUCAGGAAAAUGACCAUAAAGGAGAUGAUUGUUGGCUUGGUGAUGUUCCUCUAUACCAUCAUUUUUGGCAUUCUGCAUUUCAUCUACAGCAUGUGCAAAGGCUUCUUCAUGCUAAUCUGGAACACCCUUUUCGGAGGCGGUCUGGUAGAGGGAGCAAAGAAGAUGACGUUGACAGAGAUUUUGACUGACAUGCCCGACCCAACUCAGGAUGAGGUGCACGGUGACCUUCCCCCUGAGCCUGGAGCAAGAAAGGUUCAAGAAUCAGGUGGAACUGGGGAGGGAGAGGAGGGAGCAGCUGGAGGAGAGGAAGAAGAAGAAGAUGGAGAAGAGGCUGAUGGUGGAGGGCCUGGUUUUGGUCCGCAUGGUGGACUCGGGGACAUGGGAGAUACUGAGCCAGAGGAGCCACCAACUCCUGAAGGCAGUCCACUGCUGAUGAGGAAACUGUUGGCAGAAGCAGGAGGAGAAGGACAAGAAGAGGUGGUAAAAGAGGAGAAAGUAGAGGAAGAAGCCACCCCAGAACCAGAAAAAGCAGAUGCUGAAAAUGGAGAGAAGACUGAGAAGGAGGCAGAGACGGAGCCAGUGGAACAAAAAGAUAAGCUAGAGGAGAAAAAGGCAAUGGCAAAAGCAAAGAAAGGCAAGAAAGAGGCAGAAGAGGGCUUUGAACUCUGGAAUGAGCUUGAAGUGCAAAGAAUCAAAUUCAUGAAUUAUCUUUCUCGCAAUUUCUACAACCUGCGCUUCCUGGCUCUGUUCAUCGCCUUUGCCCUGAACUUCAUUCUGCUCUUCUACAGGGUGUCUGACAGCCCCCGUGGUGAGGAGGAGCUUGAAGGAUCAGCUAUGUUUGAGGGCUCUGGUGCGUUUGAGGACUCUGGUGCAUUUGAAGGCUCUGGUGCAUUUGGUGCAUUUGAAGGCUCUGGUGCAUUUGAAGGCUCUGGUGGAGAGGCUGAUGGUUCUGGAAUGGAGGAGAAUGGAGAGGAAGAUGAUGAUGAAGGGUUUGUCUAUUACUUCCUGGAAGAGAGCACUGGAUAUAUGCAGCCUGCAAUGUCCUUUUUUUCCAUUCUACACACCAUAAUUUCCUUCCUGUGUAUCAUCGGCUACAACUGUCUGAAGGUUCCUUUGGUCAUCUUCAAGAGAGAGAAGGAGCUGGCCCGUAAACUGGAGUUUGAUGGUCUGUAUGUAACUGAGCAGCCAGAGGAUGAUGACAUCAAGGGCCAGUGGGACAGACUUGUCCUCAAUACACCGAGUUUCCCCAACAACUACUGGGACAAAUUUGUGAAGAGAAAGGUGCUAGACAAGUAUGGUGAUAUCUAUGGUAGAGAGAGAAUCGCUGAACUUCUGGGAAUGGACCUAGCCUCUCUAGACGUCAGUGCUAUGACAUACGAGAAGAAACCUCAGCCUGAUCCCUCAAUGUUCACUUGGUUGACGUCUAUUGAUAUCAAGUACCAGAUCUGGAAAUUUGGUGUUGUUUUCACUGAUAAUACCUUCCUGUACCUGGUUUGGUAUAUGGUCAUGUCCGUGCUUGGCCACUUCAACAAUUUUUUUUAUGCCUGUCAUCUGCUGGACAUCGCUAUGGGGGUCAAAACCCUACGCACCAUCCUGUCCUCUGUAACCCACAAUGGCAAACAGCUGAUGAUGACUGUGGGUCUGCUUGCUGUGGUGGUCUACCUCUACACCGUGGUAGCCUUCAACUUCUUCCGAAAAUUCUACAACAUGAGUGAGGAUGAAGAUGAACCGGAUAUGAAGUGUGACGACAUGAUGACUUGUUAUCUAUUCCAUAUGUAUGUGGGUGUGAGGGCCGGUGGUGGUAUAGGAGAUGAGAUCGAGGAUCCGGCUGGUGAUGAGUAUGAACUUUAUCGUGUGGUCUUUGAUAUCACCUUCUUCUUUUUUGUCAUCGUCAUCCUGCUGGCCAUCAUUCAGGGUCUGAUCAUUGAUGCAUUUGGUGAGCUGAGAGAUCAGCAGGAGCAGGUCAGAGAAGACAUGGAGACUAAGUGCUUCAUCUGUGGAAUUGGAAGCGACUACUUUGACUCGACUCCGCAUGGCUUUGAGACACAUACACUGGAGGAGCACAAUUUAGCCAACUACAUGUUCUUCCUGAUGUAUUUAAUCAAUAAAGAUGAAACGGAGCACACAGGACAGGAGUCAUAUGUGUGGAAAAUGUACCAGGAGCGAUGCUGGGACUUCUACCCUGCUGGUGACUGUUUCAGGAAGCAAUACGAGGAUCAACUUGGCUAAUUCUUCAUCUUAGAAAGUGUGUGUGUGUGUUUGUGUGUCUGAGUAUAAUUUCAGCUAUGAGGGUCAAAGAUAAAAUUGUGAAAAAUAGCCAAAAGAAGGGAUAAAUGACCGACUGUGGCCUUGAUUCUGUUCUCUCGACCCUCAUCUUAAGAAAUAACACAUCAAACUGCCCAACUGCCCAUGUAAAUUCCCUCAUAAUACCUUUUGAUGUCCCCAUGUGUUUGACUAAAUUAGAGACAUUAGCUUAAAAUUGUGUUUCAGAGAGAUGGAAGCAGGUAUUUUCUACACUACAUGGCCUUCUCCAUAAAAGAAGCCAAAAUGAACACCUCUUAACAAAACCUUCCUCUCUCUGUUUUGUCUGUGUGUCAAUUUGAAUGUAAACAUAAUCACAGUGUCUAAUAUCAAAUCUACUACUACAGUGAGGAUUGAAUUAUGAUGAUUUUAUUGAUAGUCUGUAAAGAUCUUUUUAUGUGUAGAGCACUAGCUUUCUAAAAUCUUUCAUUCUAACCAAUAUAGUUUAGCUUUGUUUUAUGUCUGUAUUUAUUUAUUUAUUUAUGUAUAACAUAGAAAUAUAGCCAUAUGAGUGGUAUCAUCCUGCUCUGUGACUUAUAUGUGACAAAUAUUAUAUUAAGCCAGACUUUUUACCUGGCACCUCGUGCGAAUGUGAGAAUGUAUGCAACUAUCUUACACAACUAUCUAUUAAAUAACAUAAUACUAUUUUAUUCUCGAGAGGAAUGUAUUACAACCCCCCACCCCAUUUUGGGUUUCAAAGAAUUAACAAUUUUUCAACUGUCUGUUUAUGUGUACGGUGUGAUAUAUAGUAUGGUGUGCAAUUUUAACUGUAAAAAGGUUAAGCCACAUGUUUUGCACUCUAGAGUCUUAUAAUGGGACAUUGUGUCCAUGACAUGCAUACACUUACAUGGUGUCCUGCUGCUCACUGCUGUAUUAGAAAUCUAGAGGGAUGGGGAUAUUUAGUGAUUCAUUUUUUUUUUUCUAAACUUCCUCUCUAGAUAUACCAGACAAUGUCCUCCUACUCUGAUUAUGGAAAAGAAGCACUAGUAUAUCUAUAUGCACAAGUGUUUCAAUAUUAUUACCUGUGCAGUUCAAAUGUGAGUGUGCAGAAAUCAGUGUUGUUAUACUGUCAUUUAUGACCUUGACAGGAACUAUUCUGUUCAGACUGCAACUUAAUACCAUCUUAAAUAUAUAUAUAAUUUUAAUUAUAUUUUUGUUGGAGCUCCAAAUAAUUACUAAGAUGCUCUUGAGUAUAUAUUAUGUACCUUUUUGGGAGAAAAACAGAAUUCAGUUAACAUGUAGAGAUAACAAAGAUUAUGCGUUUUGCCUUCAGAUUUGUAUUCUUUUCUUCUUGGCAAAAUCUCACAUGUUAUUUUUCUGAUAAAUAUAGAUGAAGUAUGUAGGUGUAAGACUCUGAUAUAUGUGCAUCAGAAGUCUCCAAGUGACAGAAACUUGAGCAAAUAUAUUUGCGUGCAUGUUUCACCUUGUGUGUUCUGCAGACAGCACAAGUGUGUGUUAUGGUCUUUGGGUGUGUUUUGCUCUGAAUGCUCACAGAGGGAAGAGAGCCACUCUCUACUUUAAACUUGACUGUGUAUCAGCCCUAAUCCUGUGUUUUAAUGCACAUUAAACAGAUCACAAUAUUUUAAGAGCAUUGCUGUCUGAACUCUGUUCUUUAGCCAUGAAAGUACAGGUGUUCGUUGUUCCCUUAAAGGGAUAGUACACUCAAAAAUGAAAAUUCUUUCAUCAUUUACACACACUUAUGCUAUCCCAAAUGUGAAUGUCUUUCUUCUGCUGAACACAAAUGAAGAUUUUAGAAAAAUAGCUCUGUAUUUCCAUACAAUGCAAGUGGAAUGGAAAGGUCCAAAAGCACAUAUAGGCAGCAUACAAUUAAUCAAUAAGACUCCAGUGGUUUAAUCCAUAUCUUCACAAGAGAUAUGAUAAGUGUGGGUGAGAAACAGAUCAAUAUUGAAGUUAGUUUUUACUAUUAAAGCCCACUUUCACAUUAUUUCACAUUUUGAAAGUGAAAGUAGAGAUUCACGUCAUGCCUAACAAUGCCCUUCAGCCAUGAUUAUAUUCACAAUAUUGCACGGCAUAUCAUGCCUUAUUGCUUAAGUAACUGAUGAGAGAAUUUUAAUUUUUGUGUGAACUAUACCUUUAACUUUAAAAUAGCUACUUCAGGAACAGUCGCUUAUUCUUUAAAAUAGUUCAUGAGAAUUUAUUUUGAAUUAUUUAUAUGAGGGUCAAAUGUUCCAGACUUCAUUUUUUAAAUACAUUGUCUCAAAUGUUCUUUAAAACUGAAGAUUUAUUAAUGAGGUAAUCGUAAAUGUGUUUGUACAAUUCCAAUCUGCCCUAAGACACUGUGAUUGAUUACUUGAUACCUAAUACUAAUAGUCAAGAUGAGGGUGAAACUGAGAUUUAGUUCACAGUCAUUAUCAAACCACCAAUAUGAUGUUUGUUACAUGUGUCCUAAUUUGUUUUACAGAGCAUCAGGGUUAAUAAGUCAGGCAAUGAGAACUGUAUAAAGGCUUAUUGUAAUUGUGGUCUGUGCAUGCAACCUCACAGCAAGAGCUGUUGUUAAUUUUUCACUUCCUGUAUCUCAGUGGGGGAUUUUUUUUUUGUCACAAACUUAUGGCAGAAUAUAUCAAUGCUUACAGAGGAGAUCUUACAUUAUUAUGUAUUAUACUUGAAGUUUGCUAAAAUGUAUUAAAAAAUAUAUGCAAUCUAUUUUUAAGUAUACUUAACAUCUUUAUAGAUGUUACAGAAUAAUUUUCUUGUUAUAUUUUGGUAGAUACUGAAUAACUACUGUGGUAAAUGUGGUCUUGAGAGUGCCC